AUGGCAGACGAUCUUGGUAUGGACAACCUGCAGAUGGCGAAUGUUCACGGUGCAUAUCUGCUGCGUGGCGGCGCAAUUGGAGCUGAGAUCAAAUCAGGCAUCAGGGAAGCUAUCAAGCGAUUCGAGGUUCAUGAAUAUGUGCUGUUUUAUGACCUCAGGGUUUGCUCAGCCAAGCUUCCAGUGGCGUUUGCAGCACGGUACGUGGUGGGAGAGCUGCUGGGAGAAGGAGGCAUGGGUUUGGUCUAUGCUGAAGUGAGGAAGGCAGAAAAAUCGGAAAUCCUACUUUUCCUAAUUAUGUUUGGUGUAUGUGAACAGGUUGUUAUUAAAUAUGUGGACAAAUCUGUCUCCAGGGAGUACAUCAGCAAGCCUGGAGAAACACACAGCCUGCCUCUGGAGGUCGCGUUGAUGCAGAUGGUGUCCAUUCCACCUCACUGUGAGAACCUGGUGGAGCUAUUGCAAUGGUUUAAGGUGUCUGUUUGCUUCAUCUUGGUUCUGGAGCGACCCAGUCCUUACAUGGACCUGCAUGAGUUCUGCACUCGUAUCAACAGCCCACUGUCUGAACCGCUGGCUUGA